GCUAUUUCCAACUCAAACUCAAUGUCUCAUGACUACAGUGACUGACUGCUGUUUUGUAACCUACAUCUUAAACCAUCGCUUGCUCGCGGUUGUGGGACCUCUUAAGUGGUUUUCUUAUUAGAAAUUAUCUUUUCACAGCUGCUAUUAUACAUUGUAAACAUUUAACCCUCAUUUUUAAAGUGCUGCUAUUCAUCUGGUCACCGGAUGUAUGUAGUCUAAUGAUAUGGACACCUCAAGUGCCAGUCUUGGCAUUGUGAGGAACCUAUCACAAUACAUGGGCUUUUUUCUUGCUUUUGUGUCUGCUGGCUUUCUGAUUGUGGCCACUUGGACUGAUUGUUGGAUGCAAAACGCAGAUGACUCUCUGGAGGUGAGUACCAAAUGCCGUGGUCUUUGGUGGGAAUGUGUCACUAACGUAUUUGAUGGAAUCACAACCUGUGAUGAAUAUGACUCCAUAUAUGCAGAGCACCCAUUGAAAUUGGUCGCGACACGAGGUCUUAUGAUAACAGCAGAUAUUCUGGCAGGGUUUGGCUUCAUUUUCCUUCUCCUGGGACUCGACUGUGUCAAAUUCCUUACCGAUGAAUCACACAUCAAGUUAAAAAUCUGUUAUGUGGCUGGAAUUACCCUCAUUAUUGGAGGUGUCCCUGGGAUCAUUGGCUCGGUGUGGUAUGCCAUUGACGUUUAUGUGGAACGGUCGACUUUGAUUAUAAAUAAUGUUUUUUUGGGAAUCCAAUACAAGUUUGGUUGGUCUUGCUGGCUUGGAAUGGUUGGAUCUCUGGGAUGCUUUUUAUGUGGUGCUCUACUCAUUGCUUGUCAUUACUUUUUUAAAGAAGCAAGAUAUGCAAGGAACCAUUCAUAUCUUUCCAGAAAAACCUACCUUCGUGCAAGAAGUUCCGUAAGCAAGUUGUAUUCUCCACCUCAGACAGAAACUGCAAAGAUGUAUGCUGUGGGUACGAGAGUGUAAUUCAGUGGAUGGCAUCACUUUGAGCAGAAUCCUUUGUUUUUCAGU